AUGGCUGGCGUUCCCUCGGAGUCUGCUGCAGCAGCAGCAGCAGCAGCAGCAGGGGGGGCAGCAGCAGCUCCCGCUGCGGGUUCGUGGCCCGCCGAAGGCCCUCCGGCGCAGCCGCCGGGGCCGCCGCCGCCCGCUCCGCAGCAGCCCCCGCAGCCGCAGCAGCAGCAGCAGCAGCAGCAGCAGCAGCAGCGGAAGCAGCGGAUGAGCGCGCUGGACAUUCGGGCCAUGUGCAGCAGCAUCAAGCCGCUGUGCGAAGGCCUGAGGGUCAGCAACAUUUAUGACUGCAGAGUGUGGGGUUUUGGGGGGGGUGCAUGCAGCCACAGGUUUGUGCUGAAGCUGUGUGGGGUUUCUGCAGCAGCAAAGCAGCAGCAGCAGCAGCAGCAGCAGCAGCAGCAGCAGCAGGAGAAGCAGCAGCUGCUGCUGCAGCCCGGCGUCGGCUUCUGCCUCACCGAGUGGAAGCGCAGCAAAGACGCGCUGCCCUCGGCCUUCUGCAUGCGGCUGCGGAAGCUGCUGCGGGGCAAGCGGCUGCUGCUGCUGCAGCAAAUGGGCGCAGACCGCGUGCUGCUGCUGCUGCUGCAGAGCGCCAACGAGCGCCUCGCCCUUUACCUCGAAAUGUAUGUCUCCGGAAACUUAAUUGUUGCAGACAGCAGCAGCAGCCUCAUCAUGGCUGUCCUCAGGACCCACUCGCUGCUGCAGCAGCAGGAGCAGCAGCAGGAGCAGCAGCGGGAGCAGCAGGAGCAGCAGGAGCAGCAGCAGCAGCAGCAGCAGGUCAUCAGGGUCGCCGUCGGCAGCCACUACGUUCCCCCCUCUCCUGCUGCUUCGCUGCUGCUCGAGGGCCGCAGCCCGGCAGCCUUCACCCCGGAAUACACUGCUGCGCUGCUGCAGCAGCUGCUGCAGCAGCACCAGCAGCAGCAGCAGCAGCAGCAGAAACAGAAGCAGCUCACCUGGGGCCAGCUCUUCGCCAAAGUCGUCUGCUUCUCACACCCCGCGCUGCAGCAGCACUGCCUGCUGCAGCACGGGCUCAAGGCGCAGCAAAAGCUGCCAGCAGAACCAGCAGAAGCUGCUGCAGCAGCUGCUGCUGCUGCUCCGCAGUUCGCCGCAGCCGUACAUGAAGCCAUCAAAGCGCUAGCUGAUGUUAGCGGGCCUGGCGACUACUUAGGAGAAGAGCAGCAAGACCAGCAGCAGCAAGAACAGCAGCAGCAGCAGCAGCAGCGGGCUCGCGAGCGCCAAGGGUAUAUAAUAGCUUGCCGCACUGCAGCAGCGGCGGAGGCAGCAGAGUCAGAAGCAGCAAGCGUGGAGGGCGGGGAGCAGCAGCAGCAACAGCAACAGCAGCAGCAGCAGCAGCAGCAGCCUUAUGAGAUGCUGGAGUUCACUCCUGUGCUGCUGCAGCAGCACGCAAACUUGCCGGUGCUGAAAGCCCCUGAGCAGCAGAAACGGGACGAAGCAGCAGCAGCGGAAGCAGCAGCAGCAGCAGCUGCUGCUGCUGGCACUGCGUCUGCUGCGACAGCAGCAGCUGCCUCCGCGGCCGCAGCAGCAGCAGCAGCAACCGGCCCCGCAGCAACAGCAGCAGAAGCAGCAGGAACUGUCGUGGCUCUCUGGUACCGCACAUUUAGCUGCUGCGUAGAUGACUACAUAGCUGCAGGAGACAUGAAGCAGCAGCAGCAGCAGCAGCAGCAGCAGCAAACUGCUGCUUUGAGCCGCGUGGAGAAGAUCCAGCAGGACCAGCAGCAGCGGCUGCAGCAGCUGCAGCAGCAGCAGCAGCUGCUGCAGCAGCAGUCCGCAGCAAUCGAAGCAAACCUACAGCUGGUUGACGACGUGCUGCUGCUGCUGCGUGCUGCUGUUGCUGCUGGUGCUUCUUGGGGGGAGCUGCAUGUACACCUGAAGGAGCAGCAGCGCAGAGGCCACCCAAUUGCUGCUCACAUCCACAAGCUUUCUUUGGAGAAGAACGAGGCUUUGCUGCUGCUGCCGCCGCCUGCUGCAGCAGACCAGCAGCAGCAGCAGGAGCAGCAGGAGCAGCAGGAGCAGCAGGAGCUGGUGCUGGUCCCUGUGGACUUGUCUCUUUCUGCUUUUGGAAAUGUUGAGGCUUUGCAUUCGCAGCGAAAGGCCUCGCGGCAAAAGGAGAUAAAGACGGAGCAGCAAAUGGCGCUUGCUGUUGCUGCUGCUUCUGCUGCUGCUGCAGCGGGCAAAACCCGCAAGCAGCAGCAGCACGCCAAGGGGCCCAAGCCCCAGCAGCAGCAGCAGGAGAUCAAAAAGCUCCGCAAGCCCUUCUGGUUCGAGCGCUUCUACUGGUUCAUCACCACAGGAAUGCAGGAAGAAAUACAUUUUGAUUAA